AUGUUAUCAUCUACAUUCGAAACUUUGCCUGAUGAAAUUUUAAUGAUUAUUAUACGUUAUUCUGGUAGUAUUUAUAGAAUGUUUCGAACUUUUUCUGGUUUAAAUCAACGUAUAAAUAAUAUUCUUAUUGAUCGACGUUUACAUUUAUUAACCGAUUUUUUGCUUAUGGAUAUUGAUGAUGUAAGUAUUGACUAUUAUUAUAAAUCAAAAGUAUUUCAUGAUAUAUCUCAACAAUUAUUAUCUCUAAAAACAACAGAAAAUGAUGAACAACUUCGACAAUAUCUUCAAUCAUUCGUUACUUUUCAUAUUACAUAUAAAUAUAAACAAUCUAUUGAUUUAUUAGAAUCAAAUAUAAAAAAUUUUCAAUCUAUACGUACACAUCUUACUAAUGAUGUAAUUUAUAAUCUAGACAAUGAAUUACAAAAAACCUUUAUAGAUUUACAAACAUGUUCAAAACCGAUGAAUAAUAUGAAACGAAUUGAAUUUUUGGUUCUAACCAAAGGUGCUAAAUUUGAAUGUUCUGAUAGUGAAUGUUCAAAAUUUAAUUUUGUCCAAACGGUAAAUCAUUUAUUAUUAGAGAACAUUACAAAUGUUCGAUUUGUUUCUCAACGAUAUAUUAGUUGUCUCGUUCAAAUGUUUAAAGUACUCAUAAUUUCGAAUCCAACACUUUUAUAUCAUCAACUUAAUAUUAGCCAUAGUGAUUAUCUAAUAUAUUACUUUUUAUUUUAUUCAAUCUAUCGAUUAAAAUACUAUAAUAAUCAAACAUCAUCUAACUCUAUUAAUAUUCAAUGUUAUAGAGGUGCUGUUGAUUUACUUCUUUUUACUUUACAAUGUUUGAAAUAUGUAUCUAUCGAUAAGUUUUGGAAAAAUCAGAGUUUUUUGGAUAUAUUACAAAUGAUUUCAUCUAUUCAACUUAAUAUUGAUCAUGAAAUUUUUGUUUAUACGAGUCAAAUUGAAAUAUUAAAAAUUCUACUUGAUGAAAAUAUUUUAAAUGAGACAAUGUAUUGGAAUGUAGAAUUUUAUAAAACAUUUCAACAACCUCUAAAAAAUUUAAUUAUAAGCAAUCGUCUCGAUAUAAUCUUAUUCGUUUUUAAUUAUAAUGAACAAAUAAAGAAUUUUUUUCAAAAAUCAUGGAAUAGUGAAAUAAUUGUUGAUAUUAUAAUGGGAAAUCAAAAGAGAAAACAAUUGUUUCAUGCAAUUCUAGAUAAUAAAUCAUUAGCAAUAUGGUUAGCAACAAGUACAGAUCUAUUAUUUGUUUUAUUACAAAGAAAACAAUAUACAUUUUUAAAGAAAUUAUUUCAUCAAUCACCAUUACUUAUUCAUCGAUUAGAUGAAGAUGGCAAUGAUCCAUUACUUUAUGCUUGUCUCAAAGCACGUGGAUGUCGACAUAGAAUAGUCGAAUAUUUAAUCGAAAUGGGAUGUGAUUUAGAAAGAAGAAAUUUGCAAGAUAAAAAUUUUAGCGAUGCAUUACAGUUAGAAGGAAAUAAAAAUUUAAUGGAAAAAUUAAUUGAACAUGAAAUAAUUCAAAUCGAUCAUGAGUCGAAAGAAAUAAAAGUUCAUUUAAUUAAAUGA